GCUUAUUUCUCUCGUGGUAUUCUAAAAGCUCCCGAGACGACAGCUUUUGCUUGUCGUUUAAUUUUUUUGGGGCACACGAGCCCGCCGUGCGACUCCGGUGUCCGCCUGUAGUGUAUAUAAGUCACAGCGCAAAGCAAACGUAGCGCUCAAUCAAGAAAAAUAGACUAUUUAUUUAUAGAUUCUGGAUUUCGCCAGAAGCAGAGUAGAAGGAAAAUGGGGUGGGUUUGGAGAGACUCCGAGCCAGAUGAGCUCAAUUCGCCGUCUCGCCAUGAUUCUUCUUCGUCGGCUUCUGAUAAGGUAUGCUCCACCAGAAAGGUGGUGAAAUCGCAGUGCAAGACGGAGGAGGUGGAGCCUGGAAAAUUCGUUAGAAAGUGCGAGAAAACUGAAGAGAUUCUUCGAGAAUGCCUUGGAGAGCCAGUUGAAGUGCUGAAAUCAAACAAGGAGUACACUGAAGAUGAUGUUACAGACCUGGUGGUUAAAGGCUCUUCCACAGUGGGCAAAUUGGAUGACUCUCCAUUUGGAUUCCCAGGGCUUCGAAGUGAUAUUGAAGGUCUUGAACGUCAUUUCCAUGGUGAAAUCAACCGUUUCUUUGAAGCAGCUAAUCAGAUGAGGAGUAUAUUCUCGGAUACUUUUGGGGAUUUUUACAAGGAGAAUCCAUCGUCCUCACCAUCUAUGAGGCAGGGGAUUCCUAUUGAAGAUUAUACUCGAAGAGAAUCCUCUUCCAAACAAAGGGAGCAUGACUCUAGCGGCCUUGAUCUUUCUGGUUUGGCCAGAGAUGUUUAAAUCAGUAUGUAAAAACACGAAUUUCUUAAGUUGGGAUUUGCUGUUCUAAUCUUUUUUUCGCAUUAUUAUUAGCAAAAUAUAGACUCUUCAAAUACAUUUUUACUGAAAUUGAGAGCUAGUUCUUGAAAUCCAGGACUCACAGUAUUCUUUUUUCUUCCCCUGCUAGUUGCGAUUUAGGUUCAAGCUUGAUGUAAAUAUGGGAAUGUGUUUUGUUGAU